GGUCCCGCCGCCAGGCAUCAGCAAUCUAUCCCGAGCGGAGGCGGCGCCGCACGCUUGCGGGGAACCGACACGUUAGCUAUCGGGGCGGACCGGCGGCGGCGGCGUCUGGCGGCGGCCGCUGCGGCACGAGCAGAAGGAUGGCGGAGGCCUCGGAGAGGCUCUACCGAGUGGAGUACGCUAAGAGCGGGCGCGCCUCUUGCAAGAAAUGCAGCGAGAGUAUCCCCAAGGACUCGCUCCGCAUGGCCAUCAUGGUGCAGUCGCCCAUGUUCGACGGAAAGGUCCCACACUGGUACCACUUCUCCUGCUUCUGGAAGGUGGGCCACUCCAUCCGGCAGCCUGACGUUGAGGUGGACGGGUUCUCUGAGCUGCGAUGGGAUGACCAGCAGAAGGUCAAGAAGACAGCGGAGGCUGGGGGCGUGGCAGGCAAAGGCCAGGAUGGAAGCGGCGGCAAGGCGGAGAAGACACUGGGUGACUUUGCAGCCGAGUAUGCCAAGUCCAACAGGAGUACAUGCAAGGGCUGUAUGGAGAAGAUAGAGAAGGGCCAGGUGCGCCUGUCCAAGAAGAUGCUGGACCCGGAGAAGCCACAGCUGGGUAUGAUCGACCGCUGGUACCAUCCAACUUGCUUUGUCAAGAACCGGGAGGAGCUGGGCUUCCGGCCUGAGUAUAAUGCCAGCCAGCUCAAGGGCUUUGGCCUGCUCUCUGCGGAGGACAAAGAAGCCCUGAAGAAGCAGCUCCCCGGGGUCAAGAGUGAAGGAAAGAGAAAAGGCGACGAGGUGGAUGGAGCAGAUGAGGUGGCCAAAAAGAAAUCUAAAAAAGGAAAGGACAAGGACAGUAAGCUGGAAAAGGCCCUCAAGGCCCAGAAUGACCUGAUCUGGAACAUCAAAGAUGAACUGAAGAAGGCGUGUUCCACCAACGACCUGAAGGAGUUGCUUAUCUUCAACCAGCAGCAAGUACCAUCUGGAGAGUCCGCGAUCUUGGACCGUGUGGCUGAUGGCAUGGCGUUUGGGGCCCUCCUCCCCUGCAAAGAGUGUUCCGGCCAACUGGUCUUUAAGAGUGAUGCUUACUACUGCACUGGGGAUGUCACUGCCUGGACCAAGUGCAUGGUCAAGACUCAGACUCCCAGCCGAAAGGAGUGGGUAACUCCAAAGGAAUUCCGAGAAAUAUCCUACCUCAAGAAAUUAAAGGUCAAAAAACAGGACCGGAUAUUCCCUCCAGAGACCAGUGCCCCAGCACCGCUGGCACCUCCGCUCUCCGUCACCUCAGCACCCCCAGCUGUGAACUCCUCUGCCCCAGCAGAUAAGCCUCUGUCUAACAUGAAGAUCCUGACCCUCGGGAAACUCUCCCAGAGCAAAGACGAAGCAAAGGCCACGAUCGAGAAGCUCGGGGGCAAGUUGACGGGAUCGGCCAACAAGGCCUCCUUGUGUAUCAGCACCAAAAAGGAGGUGGAAAAGAUGAGUAAGAAAAUGGAAGAAGUGAAAGCUGCCAAUGUUCGAGUUGUGUGUGAGGACUUCCUCCAGGACGUGUCUGCCUCCACUAAGAGCCUCCCAGAGCUGCUCUCAGCCCACAGCUUGUCCUCUUGGGGGGCUGAGGUGAAGGCAGAGCCUGUUGAAGUGGCGGCCCCCAAGGGGAAGUCAGCUGCACCCUCCAAGAAGAGCAAGGGCCCUGUCAAGGAGGAAGGUGUCAGCAAGUCUGAAAAAAGGAUGAAAUUAACUCUGAAGGGAGGAGCGGCUGUUGAUCCUGACUCGGGUCUGGAACACUCUGCACACGUCCUGGAGAAAGGCGGGAAGGUGUUCAGUGCCACGCUUGGCCUGGUGGACAUUGUAAAAGGCACCAACUCCUACUACAAGCUGCAACUUCUGGAGGAUGACAAGGAGAGCAGGUACUGGAUCUUCCGGUCCUGGGGCCGAGUAGGCACAGUCAUCGGCAGCAACAAACUUGAGCAGAUGCCAUCUAAAGAGGAUGCUGUUGAGCACUUCCUGAAAUUGUAUGAAGAGAAGACUGGAAAUGCCUGGCACUCUACAAACUUCACAAAGUAUCCCAAGAAGUUCUACCCUCUGGAGAUCGACUACGGCCAGGAUGAAGAGGCGGUAAAGAAGCUGACGGUAAAGCCUGGCACUAAGUCGAAGCUCCCAAAGCCAGUGCAGGAGCUCGUAGGGAUGAUCUUCGACGUGGAGAGCAUGAAGAAAGCCUUGGUGGAGUACGAGAUUGACCUUCAGAAGAUGCCCUUGGGGAAGCUGAGCAGAAGGCAGAUCCAGGCUGCCUACUCCAUCCUCAGUGAGGUCCAGCAGGCAGUGUCCCAAGGCAGCAGUGACUCCCAGAUCCUGGAUCUCUCUAAUCGCUUCUACACCCUGAUCCCCCAUGACUUCGGAAUGAAGAAGCCCCCCCUCCUGAACAACGCAGACAGUGUGCAGGCCAAGGUGGAGAUGCUGGACAACCUCCUGGACAUCGAGGUAGCCUACAGUCUUCUCAGGGGUGGCUCUGAUGACAGCAGUAAGGACCCCAUUGAUGUCAACUACGAGAAACUCAAAACCGACAUUAAGGUGGUUGACAGAGAUUCUGAGGAAGCUGAGGUCAUCAGGAAGUACGUUAAGAACACUCAUGCGACCACACACAAUGCCUAUGACCUGGAAGUGAUAGAUAUCUUUAAGAUAGAGCGAGAGGGAGAGGGCCAGCGCUACAAGCCCUUCAAGCAGCUUCACAACCGGAGGUUGCUGUGGCACGGGUCCAGGACCACCAACUUCGCUGGCAUCUUGUCGCAGGGUCUGCGGAUAGCCCCGCCUGAAGCACCUGUGACAGGCUACAUGUUUGGAAAAGGGAUCUACUUUGCCGACAUGGUAUCCAAAAGUGCGAACUACUGCCACACAUCUCAGGGAGACCCGAUAGGCUUAAUCCUGUUGGGAGAAGUUGCCCUUGGAAACAUGUACGAACUCAAGCAUGCCUCACAUAUCAGCAAGUUACCCAAGGGCAAGCACAGUGUCAAAGGUUUGGGCAAAACGACCCCUGACCCUUCGGCCAGCAUCACCCUGGAGGGUGUAGAGGUUCCCCUGGGGACAGGGAUCCCAUCGGGUGUUAAUGACACCUGCCUACUGUAUAACGAGUACAUUGUCUACGACAUUGCUCAGGUGCAUCUGAAAUACCUGCUGAAACUGAAGUUCAAUUUUAAGACGUCCCUGUGGUAAAGUGUGAGGAGUGUGCUGCACCCAGCACUCGGCACCCAGAGCCCGGCGGGGAAGUCCCCCGGCGCCUCUGCACCACAGACACCACGAAACCUCAGCCACACCGAUGCCUAAGGGUGGCACCCUCACCGAAUCUCCUUAGGAUUUAGAGACGGGUUAAAGGGCUCCGGGUUCAAGUCCCUUGUCCACGCUGACUCGGUGGGAGGGUUGUUGGGGUUUUAGCCUUCCAGGCACAGCCCUGAUAGACACAGCUGGCGGUAGAGGAGAAGCUGGGGAGAGGUUUUUGUUUUGUUUGCCUAGACUAGUCCUGAGGGAAAAACAAGCCACGUCACAGUCAAAAUGUCUGCCUUACUGGUUUCCCCAGGGAAGGAAAAUGUGCUUCCUCCUUUUUUUCAAAGGUUUGUCUUUGGUUUUGAUUUUGGCAAAAUGUUAAGCAUUUAUUUUAAGCUAAAAAUAAAAGCUAAUUUCAUACUAUAUAGAUUUUCUUUUAUGUUGUACCUCCUGUCCCCUUCUUAGCCUUCUGGGCUUUUCUGUUGUUUUGCUUUGGUUUUCAGUCUCACAUGUGGGGUAACCAGAAAAGAAGGGGCUUCCUGAAGCACUGAAGUGGGGAAAAGGAAUCUGUAAUGUGGUCAGUUCAGAGUUGCAUUUGGGAUUCUUGCUUCAUCCAUGAGCAAUUUUGUCUUCCAAAUUAAAGCACCUGUAAUCAGUACAGCCACCCAAAGGGCUAAUAGUUCUCAAUUAAAAUGCAAAUGGCUA